GGCCACAAGCGUGGCCGCCCCAGGCCCUUGCAAAGCCAAUUACGUCUCUCUUCGUCUUCGUCUUCCCCGAUCAUUCAAAGAGCAAGGGUUUUGUUGGCCAGAGUUUUAGUUUCGUGCUUCCGUUGGAAAACACUUGACGCAGAGUAAGCAAAUGGCCAGUAUCGCACUAAGAGCAGAAAACUCUUGCUUUCUAUCUCACUACUGCGCGAGCACACAGAGCUCCAUCUUCUUCAACAAAAGCGUCGCUUCUCUCACGAAAAGCAAUUCACAUUUCCGUUAUUCGAGGAACCGUUUGAAACUCGGGGUAUCGUGUAGUAUCAAGGAGAGAGAAAGCGAAAGAGUCAGCGAAUUGCUCGGUAAUGGACUUCUUGUGGAACGUCUCGAGCAAGCGGGUCCGUCCUUGGGUUCUGAUUACGAGAAAGACAGUGGUUUAGAAGAAGUAGGUUUGGAAGGGAAUUGGCCGCCAUGGGAGAGGAUUCCGGAGAGAUAUAAGCUUAUUGGCACUACUUCCCUUGCGUUUGUUAUUUGUAAUAUGGAUAAGGUGAACUUGAGUGUUGCUAUAAUUCCCAUGUCACACCAGUUUGGAUGGAAUUCUUCGGUGGCUGGAUUGGUGCAAUCAUCGUUCUUUUGGGGAUAUGCCCUAAGUCAGUUGCCUGGGGGAUGGCUUGCUAAGAUUUUUGGUGGAAGAAAAGUUCUGGAAAUUGGAGUGUUAAUCUGGUCAUUGGCAACAGCCCUUGUUCCUGUUCUUGCUGGAUUUAUGCCUGGAUUAAUCUUGGCAAGGAUUAUGGUAGGCACGAUUUCUUCCCACCUCAUAAUCUUUUGUUUAUAAUUUUUUGGUUUGACUUGGAUAAGAAUUUUUAUUAU